AUGGAAUAUUGAAAACUCAAAUCGACUCUCCGUCAUCGGAGGAGCUAGUGAGAAAACAAACUCCGUUUUCAAUCCCCAAUUCGACUCCCUAAUCCUCAAUCUCCCGUUGAUUGUCUGAGAAAGAUUGGUAGAAAGUGGGAUAUAAUGAACUCAAUCGAAGAAACGAGCCCUGACUCGACCAACGAUGGCACCGUCGAGAUCACACACAAAACCAUCGGCCCAUCUCGGCCAUCUCGAAUUCGAGUGGCGUCUCAUAUCAAAGUCCGUGAUUUGAGGAAUGCGAUUGCGGAAAAGGGUCGAUUUCCCGUCGCAAAUUUGAGGAUGAUUCUGCGUGGAAAGACACUGCAAGACGAGGAAGAUGGAGAUGAUCUGUACGUUACGCUCAAGAACGAAGAUUCCUUGAUCGUUGCGGUCGUACCAAAGCGACCAGCUGGAGUUGAGACCUAUGAUGAUGAUGAUGAUGACGAUGAAUUGAAGUUUCAGCUCCCGCCGUCAGCAAAUCGGUGGAAGAGGAAGCUCUACUACUUUCUGCGUAAUAAGUUGAAGCUUCCCGAUAUCAUACUUAUGGGACUUUUCUCUCUAAGUCCAAAGAUGUGGGUUAUUAUCACCUUGUGGUUUUUCCUGGCGCCUCUUGCCCAUCGCUGGGACCUUGGGCCUAUAUUUAUACUAGGGACUGGAUUCUCAAUCAUUUUGCUUAAUCUUGGUAAACGACAACCCGGUGAUGUCAGCGCAUAUUCCAUAUUCAACGAGGAUUUUAGAGAGCUUCCGGGUACAUAUAAUGCAGAACGAAUAGACCGGGACAUACGAGCAGGCCAGAUAUGAUCCAAAUUUGCAUCGAAACCAUUACAUGUUAAGAUUCACAUCAACGGUUCGAACAAAACUUGUACCCAAUAUGGAACCAGAAGAAAAGAUUAGUGCUUUUGUCUCGCCAGAUUGAGACACGACACAAAGCAUUACAGUACUUGAGACCAAAAUUCCUAUUAAUGUAAAUGAGAUCUAAUCUUUUUAAUUCCAUGAUCAAUGGUCAGUGGUUGUACUAGAAAGUCUAGAAUAUUGAUAUUACUUUUUCUUAUAAAAAAUGUAAGAUACGUGUUUUGAAAUAUGUACUAGAAUGUUGAUAUUAUUA